AUGGCUCCUGAAGUUAUAUUGACUGCCUUGGGUCAUGCGAACGGGUAUGAUCAUCGUGUUGACUGGUAUUCACUUGGCGUAUGCUUCUACGAAAUGCUGCUUGGAAGAAGGCCAUAUAUAUACAGUUCCCAAGCGUCUUCAGAAGAGGUGCUACGAUUGAUGAGUGGAGAAAGGUUUGUACGUCCUGCAAAUUGGCCAUCUGAUCUGCUAAACUUCAUAUCAUCAAUCCUCAGAUUUGACAUAAGGACUAGAAUUACUUCACUUGAAGCGUUCACUAAGCACACCUAUAUGUCAAGAAUUAACAUGGAUAACGUUCUUGCGCUAAAAACUGUUCCUGGUUUCAUACCUCGAGGUGACUCGUUAAAUUGCGAUCCUACAUUCGAAUUAGAGGAACGAAUAGUCAAUUCUUCAACAAUAUACAACACAGGAAAGAAAACAGUGAAAAACGAAGAAAGCCUUCAAAAAUCGAUCGACCAGUUCUCUGCAGCAUUUUACUGUUAUAAUCGAAAAUUUGCCAAUUCAACAAACGAAAAGCUCUUCGUAGAUAGAGGAACAUAG